AUGCCCAUACACUGGGACUGGGAUUGGGAUCACGAGCACGAGCAUGGCGGCCACUACCACUGGCCGCCUCGACGACACUGGCCCUCGGGAGAGGUGAAGUGCCGUCAGCGACGCUAUUAUCUCUCCCAUGAGCUGGAUGUGUGUGCCCGAGACUUCCAUUUACGAAUGGAUGACAGCGCCUGGUGUCACGGCUCGUGUUUGGUUGGGCGAGUGGUCAUAGAGACGGGCGCAGAGCCGGACUCGCAGGGCCGUGGCACCUUCAAAGUCGUGCUGGACGUGCAUCACUUCCAGCUCGGCGAGCUGACGGUGAAGGCGAAGAACACUGACACGAUUACAGUUGAGGGCAAGCAGGCGGAUGAUCGUGCGGCCAAUGGCCAGUUGUGCAUCGCGCGUGAAUUCUCACGUUGCUACAAGCUGCCCCGGCACUAUGAUGCCACCCAGGCACGUGCCACAUUCUCCGCCGAUGGCAUACUCAUGGUUACGGUGCCAGCACCACCAAAACUGGACGAUGUGGAGCGGCUGGUGGAGAUCGAGAAGACGGGCAACUACUUUGGCAGCAUUUCGGAUCCCAGUGCGGCCAGAGCCAUUGAGCAGGGGGAAGGCAAUGGUGAUGAUAAUGGUGGCGAGGCUUCUGCUGCUGGCACAGCGCCGGACACUUGA